AAUCAUUUGAGACGCAGGAGCGUCAUACACUUUUUCCCCAAACAGCCGAAGUUUCAUGUGACAUUUCUCGUUGCAGGAGUAUAACGUGUUUCAAUUUAGCGUUUAGCGGUUUUAUCAAACUAUCCUUCGAACAUCUGGGUUUACCGCCGCCGGACUGUGGUUGCCAUGUUACUGCUAAGCUAACAUUAGCAGUGACAUUGACAGCUGAGAACAGGUCGAAAUGAUCUUUGGAACUAGUUAAGAAGUGUUGUCGUGGUCCUCUGACGGUCAUUUCUUGUUUGAAAUGGACAUUUCCAGCCUUUUUAGGUAACAAGCAGCUGUGCUGACUUGUGUGUUGUCAGUCUGGAGGAGCAGUUGGUUUAUCUGACAGAACCAUGGCUUUACUUUGUGGCACACUUUUAUUAAGGAGCAGCCGAUUCUGUGCUGUUUCCACACAUUUCACAAGGAACUUCCGGGUCUGCAAACCGGCUGGCUGUCCAGUGAAGAAGACAUGCUCUGUGUCCUCUACAAUAACGGACUGUGUCCACAUGAGAGCCACCAGAAGUGGAGCACCUGUCUCAUUCUGCAGAUUCCAGAUUUGUCUUAAAAGCAGUUCCCCUCUGUCCAGUGGUUCUGUCCUGACUCAGUGUGGACACCAGAUACAUACCUCAGCCCCCCUGAGGGCCCUGCCUGCUCCCCUCAUAUGGAUGGUCGUCAAACCUCUGCAGAAGCUUCUGGCUAUAAUACUGGGCAGGAGUUUAAGGAAGUGGUGGGUGGCUCUACCAGACAACCGCCGGGAGCUCAUGCGCGAAUGGGCCUGGCAGCGCCGCUGGCAUCUGACAGCGGGGGCAGGCGUUGCUAUGGUGAUUGUAGCCCUCCUGCUCCUGACCCACCUGGAUGAGUCUCCAGUGACAGGACGGACCCGCCUGCUGGUGUUCAGCCGAGAGAACUACAUGGAGCUGGCAGCACUGACUUCAGAGGCGUACAUGGAGGAGUUUGCAGAGCUGCUGGUUCCAGUCACUGACCCCCGUCACCAGGUGGUGGAGCGGGUGGUGCAGCACCUGGCACAGAGGAACAAGGACAUCCCUGAAGUGUCUGAAGUCAGCUGGAGUGUCCAUGUGGUGCAAAGUCCCAACGUCAACGCCUUUGUCCUACCAAACGGGAAAGUGUUCAUGUUUACGGGGAUGCUGGAAGCUAUAGCAGAUGUUCAUCAGCUCUCUGUUGUCCUGGGACAUGAGAUGGCCCAUGCUGUACUUGGACACUCUGCAGAACAGGCCAGUCUGUCUCAUGUCGUGGACCUCCUGUCUCUUAUUCUGCUGACAGCCAUCUGGGCCGUGUGUCCUCGAGACAGUGUGGCACUGCUGGGACAGUGGGUACAGGGCAAGCUUACAGAGCUGAUGUUCCAGCGUCCCUACAGUCGGAGACUUGAGGCUGAGGCAGAUGAGGUUGGAUUGCAGCUGGCUGCUAAGGCGUGUGCAGAUGUGCGAGCAGGCCCUGUAUUCUGGCAACAAAUGGAAAUCAGAGACCAGCUGACAGGAGAGCCCACUUUCCCCGAGUGGCUGUCCACACAUCCGUCGCACAGGAACAGAUUCACUCAGCUGGACCGUCUCAUGCCACAGGCUCUGGAGUUGAGGGAAAGUUGCGUUUGUCCAGCUCUACCUGCUUCUGACCCUCGUGUUGUCUUCUCCAAGAGCGUCCGUGUGUUGUUGGAAAAUGCUAAGCACCAGGCUGGAAGAGGGCCAGAAAGGGCACGUAAGCCCCAACUGCCCCACGGGCCCACAUCACUCCCCGCGGGACUACCUGCAGCAUUGCUUGCCCAAAGUGUACCUCCUCCUUCCCCAAAUGUGGACCAGUCAAGCAAAGAUGUUGAGUGUGUCGACAGACAAAACAACAGCCAAGAGUCUUACACCUGCUGUGGAAGCUUUGCUAUACUGCCAACAGGUUUGUUUCUUCCAGAAUUUUUGGAUGCGCAGCUCCUGCUCAUUGUAAUGAAGACAUCUCAUUUCCUGGUCACACUGCUGCAAGUACACUGAAGAAGCUGGAUGCAGCUUCCUCCCCACUCAGAGAGAAAUUGGAACAUGAGCAGGCAACAGAUGACACACUCACACCCAGAGGUGUUCAACUGGAUGAAGAUCUCGUGAUUGCAAAGGUUGAGUAUAUGAUUUGCAUCACCUUUCUGCUCAUCAAAUCAUUGAGUGCCCUGAUGCAUAGCCAUUCUGAAAGGUAACCAUUCAGAACACCUUUAUAUAGAUUUGCAGUGACCCUUUUCUCUAAGUCAACAAAUUGACCUAAACCAUUCUAGCAAAAUGACCCCUACUUUAAAACAGAGGCGACGGAUCACCUCACUCUAGGGGCCAUGGUUUCAGUUUUUAGUUUCAUUUGUCACCCUCACCCUUUCUCUAUCUUAAAGCACGUGCUUUCUGUAGUCUGAUGUCUGAUGGUAUGUUGUUAGUGUCUAUAAUCAUGUGGAGCCCUGAGUCUUAUCUAAAAAUAUAAACUAUUAGUGUAUAUACAGCCGUAAAUGUCGGCGAUAGUUAAUUAAGUGGUAAAUUGUUUGCACUUAUAUAGCUCCUUUUCCAAUGUCUGUGUAGAUUCUCAAGUCAUGGUAAUCGUACAGUAGAAGGCAACUUGACUUCUUUUUUGGUUUUUACAGACAUUUUAAACUUUCAUCUGAAAAGCUUCCUUAGUUGAAACUGACGGGUGAGAAAUCCCAGGUAAUCAUUCCAACCCCCAACUUGAACGGCACAGGGCUUGUGAAACUACCAAAGAUUCAAUUUGAUUUGAUUUGAUUCGAUUCAAAUCAGUUCAAUUCAAUUUUACUUAUGUAGCACAAAUUCACAACAUAUAUCAUCUCACAGCACUUACCAUACUAAGGAACAGACCUUACGAAUUUUUAACAGAGAACAGAAAACCCAGCAAUCAAAAGUUGCCUUUGCAUUCCCUAUGAGCAAGCAGUUAGCAAAAGUGGGAAGGAACCAAAAAAAGAAAGGGGGUGAAAAAUACCUCAGACAGAACCAGGCUCAGGGAAGGCAUCCAUCUGCCUCAACCUGUUGGGGUGAUGGGGGUAGGGGACAGCAGAAUCUGUUCUGGACAACAGAGGACAGCCAGUUAAUGUUAAUGUAAUGUAAUGCAAGACUCUGCAGUCCACCUGCAUCUAAAGGAUAAGGGACACUUCUUUCAGGUCAGAAAUGUCCACCUCCUGCGUAGGGAGGAGUUAAGGAAGUUUAUCUAUGUUAAACUGACACUGCCAUCUCGAAACCAUUAACACCUCGAGUCAUCCCUCCCCAGGCAGUUUCACAACCAUUCACAGUUUAUGUCAUGUAAUAGUUGAGGUUGUGAAUUGUGUCAUUCAGGGGUGAGCACAAAUACCUCCAUGCCUUCCCAUCACCUCUUGGAUGAGAAGUGACAUAUCUUCAAGACUCCAAAAAUAUGUCCGGUUCUGCUGGAGCAGCCUUGAGCUUUAGCGGUUCUACAAAGCACUUUACAGUGUUUCUUAUUCACCCUUAUUCACACAAAUACUGAUACACCAAUUGGUGGUGCAGCUGCAAACAAGGCACUGGCCUGCCAUUGGAAGCAACUUGGUGUUCAGUGUCUUGCCCAAAGAUGCUUUGACAUGUGGAGGGGCUGAGGGUCAAACCACCAACCUUGUGAUUUGUGGACAACUUGCUCUUCCAGCCGAACUCAAACGGCUCACAAUUUCUUCAUAGGAGUGUGUCUUUAUAGCAAAAUAGUGCUUUGUGCUGAUGGUCCUGAUGAGGUUCAUCUAUCACUGUUCUGGAUGAAAUUAUUUCUGUGCUGACUGUAGGCAAUUUUUGUAUUCAAGUCCUCAGUUUUAAAUUGUCACUUCUUGUGCCAUUCGCCUCAUUAAAUAUACUGGACACUAAAAUUUUAUUUUUUAGCAAAUACAGCAAAACUGAGAUGCUGAGAAAAGCUGGGGUUUGUCUUCUUGGACGCAGUCUAGUGUUAUAGGUUGGUAUCACAGAGCCUUUUUUCUUAGUUUGGUGCAGCUUUAAUGUGCGCUAAUGCGUUGGUCAUGUACAGUACAGCUUUAGCCUGAGAAAGUCGUGCUUCACUCAGCAAAGCUUAACAAUGUAAUUGCAGGGAGUUCAGAAAUGAACACAAUCAUGAAUCAAAACGAGCGUCCACUUUCCAGUUAUGAAUUAAUGAAUCUGGAUUUUUUUUAAUGUGGUCUUUGGACCGUGGUGUUCCUGGGAAAUGAGCCUAUGUGUGAACAACGGUGAGGAACAGACAUGAGGUCAUCAAGGCUAUCUGGCUAUUCUCUUUCAGCACACAAUACAGGUCCUCCUCUAAUGGCUCCUCGUGUCCUGUCUGUCUGUCUUAUCAUCUUGAUCUGUGCUCGAGUGUGUGUGUGUGUGUCUGUGUGUUCAUGGUUGAACUGGUAGAGGUUUUUAUAGUCUGGCUGCUCUGAUGCUAUUAGAGAUUAGGAUGUUAACACAGUCCCUCAUCUGACUGCAUCGAUCCCAACCCUCGCAGUGGAAUCACAUUAAUACUAACAACGUCAGGUACAAGCUUUGUAGCUCCCUUUACCCCUCUCUCUCUUUUUACAUCUGCUUCUCUGUCAGUGUUGAUUUAAAUUUGAAUAACCAGCUUUCUUGCCGAUCUUUCAACAAGGAGACGGUGCAAUUUAAUGAAGGGAACGAGCGAAGGAAGAUUGCAGAAGCAGAGGGGGACUAGAGGAUGUGGAAAUGAGAUGAGAUGAAAUUGUUUAAAUCAGUCUUCCUCAGCUACUUUGACACUAGUUGCUUUCAGUGUUGGAGUGCAUACAUCAAGUCACAACUCAGGGUAAGAAGUUGUUUCUGUGGGCUUUCAAGAAAAAUGAACAGUGCAAGAGUAUAGUUUAGUUAUGACAAAGUAGGAUCACAGAUUGUUGAUAAGAAAGAAGUUAUUUAAAAACCGGCACAGAAAAAUUAAAUUCACCAAUGUUGUAACUUCAGAAUCCUACAUUUUCCUCUCAUUACCUACUGAUGAGGACAUGCUGUUUUGGGUUUAAUUGGUUUAAAACCCUGUCAGAAGAUUUUGGUGACCAUCAACAGAUAAGAAAUGUUUGGUCCAGUGGUGAAAACAACACAAAUGCCAGCACAUUCCCUUUUUCAUCUCUGCAUCUGUCAGUGCAGCAGUGCAUUAUAUUCUCCCUCUUGCCUCCUCUGUGAUCCCUGUGAAUCCAUCAGAACAACACGGGAGAGUAGAAUGCAGGCCAAAACACUGUCAGUCAAUGUCAGCCAAAUUCAACAAACUGUGACGGACCUGGUUGUGCAUUUAGACCAAAAGUAAGGUACAACUGGCGAGCACAGCAGGUGUGUUUUGAUGACUUCCACUUUGGAAGGACACAUUCAGCACAUAAGCUAUUAACUUAUUUCAUUUAUGUAUACAGCACACCAUUUCCUGGAUGGUACAGUUGUUCUCUGUUUGUGGGCUGUGGAGUUUCUUGUCAGAUUAUUAGACUCAACAAUAUGAUAAAAGUGUACUAGUUUACUCCCUUUGACUGAUAUAUUUUUAUGUUUGAUGUCACUACAUCAUUAAUACUGAAUCAUUUGUGUGAUAGCAUCAUUUUACUGUUGUAGCUGCUGAAGGUGGAGCUAGUUUGAACUACUUUAUACACAAUUUUAUAAAGAAGGAAAUCAGAAAAAUGUCAGAGAAAGUUUAGAAAUAGAAACUAUUAUAUCCCAAAGAUUAAUUUGUAAAGAUGCCAGCAAUGCUACAACCAUUCACACUGUGAGGCUUAGGCUUCUAGGAUGCAAUCUACUUCACACUUGGCAGCUGUAUUGCAAAGGCUCUGAGGAAGGGCAGUGUCAGGUUCUAGACUAUUUGGGUGAGCGGUCUUCAUAUUUUGACUAAAAGAUUGUUUCUGUUAUGCAUUCACAACAGCAUUCUCUGCAGACAUUUGGCUAAUAAGUUUCUGUUUUGGUAAAACAAAUUGUUCAAAGGUACAAUUGUAGAUUCUGGAUACACUGUUGACACAGUAUGAAGAAUGAAUGUCAGCAGCCAUUUUGCUGCUCCAUUACUUGCCACUGUGCAUUUGAGGCACGAAAUGUAUGCAUUAUCAUUUACAUGCACUGAAGUAGGAUAUUUUGAUGCUGGAUUAUGUGUUCUUUUUAGUUGCUUAGCAUCUGCUGGCCCUCCUACCUCUGCAAACAGGAACCCUGUGGAGUCUCCUGAGCGUGCAAACGGGGACAGAAGGACUGCGUGGGUAUCAUCUGUGACGAGUGCUGCAUUUGCGUUGGCGUGGCAUUUUGCGGGUUUCGGCCGGUGAGCCAGAUGGGGGGACCGGAUGCCUGACCACCUAGGCCCGAGUGCUGGGGUUGAACUGGGUUAGGAUGGCACUGCCUUUGUUCAAGAGGCACUGUUUCAAGGCCAAUCAAAUAUUUGCUUGUUUAAAUAUGUUGCAUUUUCCUCACCUUUGUAAUGUCUGUGUGCCUCAGUUCUCUUCACCCUGGGAAACAGUACAGCAACCUCCAGUAACAAUCACUGGAAUGAAAACUGAAAUUGUAAGUUUUGCCAAGGACAUAGACUGUGCAGUUAGGCAGCUCUGCUAUUUUUUAAUUUGUAUUUUUUUUGUGAAUUUUCCAACUUUGUCACAGUGCUCGUCUUCUUGCAGGCGAAUGUUCCACCACAAAAAUUCCACCCGUCACUGUAUUGAGGGAACACAAGCUGCAUACUACAGCCACUGUGAUUGGCUGGACAAAAUACCCGCAGAAUGAUAAUGAAUGCAGCCAGACCAUGUGCUCAAAGAUCUAAACUAACAAUUGGCUGCUACAGGAUGACGGUAGACACUUUCUCUCUGACAUCUGAACUUCACUAUCUCUAGAGCUCCCAGUAGAUAUUUCAUAUCAGGACAAGAGGAAGGGAAGGGGAAGAGCAUUUCAUGGUGGUGAGCCCAAAUUUCUCAUAUGCAAAAUUAAUAUGCCAUUUAGCUUAAAAUUGCUUUUUUCACUUCUUCCAUACCCUAUUGAAAUACCCUAUUGGUCACUUAGAAAAGGCAACAGAAUGGCCAGUGACAUUAAGUUUGCGUACUGCAAAAAAAUUGUACUUACCAGUAUGGGAUGCUCUUUCUCUUUCCUUCCUUUCGUCUUAUUAUGAAAUGUCUACUGUCAUCAUGGUAGGAGUAGUAAUGAAGCUCACAGAAAGAAAGCACACACCACCAUGGUGUAACAGAUAUUAGUCCCACUUUUCAAGUCCAUUCCGUAGAAGAUAAUGAUCUUUCUGCAAUAAUUUGCGUGCAAAGGGACAAGCACUGCGAUUAAAAUGGAAAAUCCCCCAAAAGAGCAAAACAAAACAAAACAAAAAACAAACUAAAAAAAGAAAAUAGAAGAGCUGCCAAACUGCAUGAUCCACAUCCUCUGCAAAAUAGUUCAGUUUUAGUGUCAGUGUGGUAGGUUGCUGCCCGCACGUUGCUGCUGUUGUUUCACAAUUGUGAUGACAAUGAGUCUAUGUGUGCUGUCUGUGUGUCUCAGCUCUCUUCAGCCCAGGAAACAACACAGUAACCUCUAAUACGCAUCACCGGAAUUAAAACUGAAACUUUGUUUUGCCAAGGAAGUACACUGUGCAGUUAGGCAGCUGUUCUACUUUUUGUUUGUUGUUGAGGAUUUUUCACCACAAAAAUUACACUUGUCACUAGUUUGAGGGAACACCACUGCAAUGCAUCACUUCACAGCAUGUGAGGGUCAAUUCAUGCAGUGAAUGAUCGCUUUCAUGAAUUGUUUCUUUGCAUCAAUUUAAUGCACUACUUCAUUGCAUAGUUUUACUGCAUGAUUUGACCGCCACACUUUACUACGUUGCUUUACUGCAUGACGUCACUGCAGCAUGUACUGCAUCAUUCACUACAUCAUUUCACUGCAAUUUAUCAUUUCAUCACUCUACCAUUUUUAAACUGCUUGAUUUCACUGUCACUCUUCACUACAUUCCUUCACUGCAUCACACUUCAACUACAAUUGUGAUCUCACACUCAUGCAAGUUUCAAAUUAGGUAAACUUGACAUAGUCUAAAAUCGUUUUUUGUUCAAACUUAUGCUCAUGUUUAUGAAAUUACUGCAGUCACCCAUGUGAGUGUACCAACAUGGAGAUCUUGGUACAUCCUGGUAUGACUCAAACACCCUUCAUCACUGCAUGUUAAUCUCACUGCAGUACUUCACUGUAUCACUUCACUGCACAGUUUCGCUACAUUGUUUCCCUGCAUCACUCACUGCAUCAUUUUACUGCAUCACUCUAAUGCACGCACUUCACUGUGCUUUUCCCUGCAUCACUUCACUGCAGCACUUCACCAAAUUAUUUUAAUGGUUUACAUCACUGCAUCAUUGCACUGCAUCAUUUUAGUGCUUUACUUCACAGAACCAUUUCAAUGCAUCAUUUUACCACUAGGAUUCACUGCAGCAUUUUACCGCUUUACUUCACUGCACCUCUUUAAUACUUUACUUCACUGCAUCAUUUCACUGCAUCACUGAUGUGUUGCCUGACUGCAUCAUUUCACUGCAUCAUGCCUCUGGGUCAUUCUGCUGCUUUACUUCACUGCAUCACUUCACGGAACCAUUUCAAUGCAUCAUUUUACCACUAUAAUUCACUGCACCAUUUUACUGCAUCACUUCACUGCAUCACUUUGAUGUGUUGCCUUACUGCAUAAUUUUACUGCUUUACUUCACUGCAUCAUGCCACUGGGUCAUUCUGCUGCUUUACUUCACUGCAUCAUUUUGCUGCUUUUACUACACUGCAUCAUGCCACUGGGUCAUUCUGCUGCUCUACUUCACUUCAUCAUUUUACUGCUUUUACUACACUGCAUCAUGCCACUGGGUCAUUCUGCUGCUUUACUUCACUGCAUCAUUUUACUGCUUUUACUACACUGCAUCAUGCCACUGGGUCAUUCUGCUGCUUUACUUCACUGCAUCAUUUUACUGCUUUUACUACACUGCAUCACUUCAUUGCUUUACUUCACUGCAUCACACCAUCAUGUUGUUCCACUGAAUCACUUGAUGACCUUUGCUGCAUUCUCCAGGGAAUGUGGUGAUAGUUUUCUCACCCUCUGGUGUGAGUGUGUGUGUAUGUGUGUGUUUUACCUUGUUAAUAUGUCUGUACUGUUUUUUAUAGGCCAGAAGACAUACCAUGAGUGAAAUAAGCAGUCAACACCAUGGCAGACCAUUUUUCCUUGGAACUGCAGCAACAAUCUCAAAAACCCUCAUUAAGCCAGCCAGGAUUUCAUAAAAUGAUUUAUGGUUGAUUUGGUUCCUUAAAUUUGCUUAAAUCAUUAUAAGCAGAUUUAAACCUGUUUUCUUGUAGGAGGCUUUCUGUGUCAUUGUUCUUCUUCAGAAUUCCAGGUUGAGUUGUUGUCUGGCAAAAUUUAUCUAAUUAUACAACUGGCCAUAGUGUAGUGCUUAGUACUUUCACAGUGUUUGAGCAGAAUUACAAAUGAGCUGGUGUGCUUGAGCUGCAGGGAGUAGGUGGGUGAAUGGAGAGAGGCAGGAACUUCAUACAUCUGCACAUUCUAGAGGAAGUCUUUAAACCAUUUAAAGGCAUUAAGGGAAUAUUUUCAUGAAAAUGGUAAAAUAUCAUUUUAAAUAUGUAACUUCAACACCAAGCGAUGAGUUUUUAUGGGUUUAAUCUUUACUGAAGACGGGGACUGUAAAGAUAAUGAUCUGGAUUUGCGCUAAAAUGUAGCCAGGUCUUCCUUUGCUCAUACUCUACCUGUUUAUAAAGCACCAUCCUGGCUUUUCCAGUUUAGAAACUAUUUCAGUAUCUAUCUGGGCCUACAGUAAUAAUGCCUUAGAAUUAAUCAUGCAAUAGGAGUAUCUUUUUUGAAUGAAUUUAUUGUUCUAUAGUUUUUAAUUGUUUUAUUUUUAUAAUGAUUUGUAGCACUUUGGUCAACGUUUUGUAUUGUU